CGUUUUUGCAUAUGCGUCUCCUAGGAACGGUAGUGUCGUGCACUGGCAGCUUUGAUGGUCUAUGAUUAGUGUAACGCCCUUGUGCAAACCUAUUUUGGCACAUUCGCAAACCUCCUCUUGAGCUGUUAGGCUUAUCGCUCGUUAACGCGUUCCUUUCGGGCUCAUAAGAUUAGGUUCAGUAGUUUCUUUGGCAACCCCGCAAACCGACAACCAACUUUGCCAGCGACCCAAGCUCCUCUACUUAGUAACGGUCAGUCGCCCUUACUUUUCGCCCUUAACCAACCUCUAUUAAGGGCAUAGACGAAGAAAUGGAGACACACAUGGAAUCGGAGGUUGCAAUGCCAGCUUGCCAAGCACCAGUUUGCUGGAUAUGCCUUGACGAGAAUCCCCAAGAUGCACCGUGCAAAUGCUCAAAUCCUGUACAUCGGACGUGCUUGGCGAGAUGGCAACUUGAGAGGCUCGGCCGAAGCGAGGAGCGCGAGUGUCGCUUCUGCAAGUCCCUGCUACCGCCCUGGCAAGAAGUCCUGCUACCGCAGCGUGUGCGACCGGCGACCGAGGCAACCGUCAACGUCCACGCGCCCGACGGUUCGUUGCACCGUAUUCCGUUGCGGCCGGGGCUGGCGGGCCGCCGCGCCUUCCUGCGGGCUGUACGGCAGGCGCUGCGACUGCCGCCGCGGGAGCAGCUGGAUCUUAGCUUCGAGGUGGCGCUGCCCACCUCAGCGACGGGCACCCUUCCCGCCCUGAUUAGCACCCGGGACUUCUGCCUGGCCUCCCACAUAGCCACCCUCAAUGCGGGCAUCCGGAGUGCCCGGAGCGACAAGACGGCGGGCGCACCGGAGGAGGAGGAGGGAGAGGCGAGCGGCCAGGACUCGUCCAAGGCGCCUGCAGCGGCGGUGGGGGAAGCAUCCGGGAGUGAAGGGGCCCAGGGGAGUCAAGGGGGCCGGCAGAACGGGGGUGCCAAGCGGUUGCGGAGAUGAGAGCAUGGAUAGGUGGAGAAAUGCGGGGAGGAGAUGCGGAGGGUGCAUGGGAUGUUAGGGAAAGGGGGGCAGGGGGGAGCAGGGCUUGUGCUUUAGAGUACGGGGGUAGCAGGGCGUGUGGUUUUGGUAUGGUCUUUGACCAUACAAUAAAAAAAUAUGAGACGAUGAGAGUACGGCAGGGACUAGACGCGUGGAUGGGGGUCAAGGGAGGUGACCGAGCGGUGGGUAAUUCGUAUAGGCGAAUGGUAUCUGCGGGUGAGCGCUGGAUAGAGGCGUACAAAGUAAAUAGUGGGACUGUGUGGGUUGUGGGAGACUAUGCAGGAGUUGUAAGCGCGCGUGCAGGGUUGGUUAUUACGGAAGGUUGAACUUGUAUGUAUUAUGAGUUUAUGACACUGGUCGAAAGUAAUCGUCUGGCGGCAGCUCAAGCGCUGGGUUGCUUUCGCAUACGGUUAUGACAAUGCGUACGGCAAAGAAAUGCAAUGCAUGCAGGGGCAUUGUCAGACGAAUGUCGCAUUGGACCUGAUACCUAUGCAUGUCCACUUCAUACGGAGGGUGUACGGCGGUUUCUUAGGAAAACAAGACUCAUCGUGGUGAAUGUUCGCUGGCACCAGAUGCAGAAAGGGUCGGGAUGUACACCGGGUAUGUCUACGCGCUGCAAUGUGCGCGGCUACAAUACGCCCUUGGGUUUUUUGUGUGUUUUCGGUGUGUAAGCUACGUCGUGACACAAAACUUGCAAGGUGGUGGAUUGCUACAUACAGCACGAUAGGUCGUACAGCGACGGCCGGUACUUGGUACGGCAUGUAAUGUAACCGACUGGCCGGAGCAUUGGUAACAAUCCCCCAUUUUAUCCUCGGUCAGGC